AAGAAAAAGUUUGCUGUAGCAGAUAACAGUAGAACUCCCUUAUAACUUCCAUCAUGAUUAUAAAAGAGUCAUAAAUACAUCCACUGUCAUAAGAUAUCUUUCCCAAGGUAAUAUCCACUAUUUUUAAUGUUCCUGCCUAACAUUUUAGAUAAGACGGCAGAUUUCAUUAAGUCAGAUUUUUUAGAAAAGUGUGCAACAAAAAAAUUUGUCUUGAAAAAUCACUCUGGGUAUCUGUAUGUAUAAAAUAUUCUAAAAGUUUACACUAAAAAUAUAAUUCAAACAUCUUGAUAGAAGUUUGUGAUAACAUACUGUACUCUCAGAUUGUAGUAGAUUAUUCAUUCAUAUAAUUUUUUAACAAAAUGAAUCUAUUAAAGAGAAUACUGCGACAAAAAUUAAUAUUAACAACUGUUGCUGGUGUGUGUGCUGGAAUCACAAUAGGUUUUUUUCUUAAAAUCUCAACUCCUCAACCAUGGACCAAAAGAAAUAUAAUGUACCUAAAAUUUCCUGGGGAACUAUUCAUGAGAAUGGUAAAUUGCUUAAUAUUACCUCUUGUAAUGACUAGCAUCGUGAGUUCUACUUGUAACUUGAAAAAAUCAGGACAGAUUGGAUCAAUGGCUCUGUAUUAUUAUAUGACAACAACAUCACUUGGAAUAAUACUAAGUGUCAUACUUGUUCAAACAAUAAAACCUGGUGAAUUACUUAAAAACAAAAAUAUUAUAUCACAAAAUUCAACCAAGUCUUCCAUGACAGUGGAUACAAUUUUAGAUUUAUUUCGAAAUUUGGUACCAGAUAAUAUAAUGAGUGCAUGCUUAUCACAGUAUCAAACUGUACUAAUAAAACCAAAAAAUGAAUCAGGUAUGUUAAAAUGACAAUAUAAAAUAAUGUCAACUCCAAUAUAUGAUUGGAAAAUUGAUCAUACAAAUAUAAUGGGAACAAAUGUCUUGGGACUGGUAUUCUUCAGUUUAGUUUUGGGCCUAGCAAUUGGAGAGAUAGAGUCAGUGGGUGAACCUUUAAUAAAUUUCUUUCGAUCUUUAUCAGAAGCAAUGAUGAAGAUCAUGAGCUGGACAAUAUUGCUGGUACCAAUAAGUGCAUUAUUUCUUAUUUCUGCAAAGAUUCUAGAAGUAGAAGAUUUUAAUAGUGUGAUGCGAAGGCUUGGAAUUUAUAUCCUAACUGUCUUCAGUGGGUUACUUAUACAAGGAUUAAUAGUACUUCCUCUAAUAUAUUUCAUAUGCACUCGACAAUCUCCAUACAAAAUUAUAACUAAGCUUGGACCAGCUUUCGUUACAGCAUUUGGUACAUCAUCUAGUACAGCUACAGUCCCUGUAACAAUAUCAUGCUUAGAACGCAUUGGAAUGCCUUCCAAAAUAUGUAGAUUUAUUAUACCAAUUGGUGCCACCAUAAAUAUGGAUGGUAUUGCAUUAUACGAAAGUAUAGGUGCAAUUUUUAUUAUUCAAUUGCAUGGAUUGCAAUUUUCAUUAUUCAAAAUCAUAAUAAUCAGCAUAACUUGCACUAUAUCAUGCAUUGGUGCUGCUGGCUUACCUAGUGGUGGUUAUGUAAUGUUAAUAAUGGUAUUAAAUUCUGUGGGAGUCCCUGUAGAAGAUGUCUCGUUAAUUAUCGCCAUCGAUUGGUUUGUAGAUCGAUUUAGAACGACCCUAAACAUCGUAGCUGAUGCCUUGGGUGCUGGGAUAAUAACUCAUUAUUACAACAAAAAUAAGCAAAUUCCCGUGCAGGAAGAAAUGGAGUUGUGUACAUAAGACGACUUAUCCAUAAAUUAAAUUAAAAUUAUAACGUUAAUCAAAAUAUAUUAUAUAUAAAUAUAAACUUACGAUGUAAGCAAGAAUUACACGAACGAUAUACUCAUUUAAUAAAAUAUUGAUAAAAUGUUUUAUAUAUAUCUAUUUAAAUAAAAAUAUUUUGAAUUGCAUU